GUGAAGACAAUGGAGAAGGAAGAGGAAAAAGCUGCCAGUGAAGAAAAAGAUCAUGUUCUCACAGAAAAUGAAGGAAAUGGUGCAGAGGGACAUCUUCCAGAGUCGGAGAAUAAAGAGAAAGAAACCAAGAAUGUCAUCAAAAAAAUCCAGUGGGUCACAGCCAAUGACUUCACAGAGGAGAGAGGACUACAGCAGAUUGAAGAACUCAUUUCUGUGAGUGACAAUUCCACCCAUUCAGGAAGGCCACACCUUCUCAUGGUUGAGAAGUGA